AUGAAGGAAGAUUUUUUCGCUUCACAACAACGAAAACAAAAAUUUUCUGCAAAUCAUCGAUAUCACGAUAUUCAUCAGCAAACAACGAAAAUGAAUGAAAAUAACGACAACCAAACAAUUUCAUUAACAAAAAAUUUAGAUUGCGAAAAAUCUGUCGAUCAAUUAUUGGAUCAAUUGGUGAAACCGAAAAAUCAUCAAGAAACUGAUGAUUUUUAUUCAAUUUGGGCAUCUAAUUAUGAAAAGGAUAUUAAAGAAAUGGAUUAUAAUGGUGGCCAUAUUGCAGCCAAAUAUUUUCUACAAAUGAAUUUUAAUAAAAAUGAUAAAANACACACAAUCGAUUCACAUCAUCAUCAUCAAUAUCCUGUGUGA